AUUACAUAAUAUCAACGACCGCCCCAGAACAAGUCAGGGUCAAUGAACAGGACUCAGGCAAGUGGACAUGGCUCACACACUGACUGUUCUCAGACUGGUUGGCUUCAUCUGGAUUCUUGUGCCAGGUCUAUGUAUAAAGGAAGACACUGGCACUUGUGAAAAUGUUACUAACCCUGACAGCUAUCAAAGUUUUGUCAACAGCCUACAGGAAUACGUUAACUGUACGGAGCAGGUGGUCAACAAGUUGAAUGCCACGGAGCACAGUGAACUCUAUAGACUGUUGCAGACUGCUGCUGACAACGUGAGGUCUAUCCAUAGGAAAGCCUGUCAAACUGUCAUCCCCAACGACUGCAGCCUCCCCAUUGUCCCCGUAAAUGGGGGCCUGUUAUGUCUCACCAUGAACAAGACACGCUAUUGCAAGCCAAUGUGUAACAAGGGUUUUGAUUUCAAGUUCCUCAGGAAGAGUCGACUGUAUGAGAGGUGUGGAGAAGCAACAGAACAUAGAUGGACAACUCAGUACAUUGGAGGGAGUCGGCUGGCUGACUGCUCAGAGAGCUCUUGGGCAGUAAGUGCAUACCCAUCUCAGUACUUCCCCACGAGCUGUCGAGAUGCACUGUACAAUCACAGCCUGGAGACCGACCUGAUUUCAACCUUUCGAAAGGAAGUGAAGCAAAAUGUCGACGGGAAGGUUAACAGUAAAACCAUGUGCCUAUUGUGUGGCGAUUAACCUCCCAACCAACACGGUGGUGCGGGAAUCCAGGCCUCCUGUGUCACGAACACUCAGGAUCUACUGAAAGCAGCAAAGUUCAACAACAUGUCACAAUGCUGACUCAAACUACAUUACAACUCAAAGCUUCACCAUGUGACACUCUUGAGCUUUACCUGAGUUUCACACUGCAUGAUAUUCCCAAACUGGCAUUACAGUGCUGAGCUGCACCCUGUUUGUAAUUAGUAUUACAAAUUCUUUAGUAUUUCUUUAGUAUUAU